CUUCCCCAGUUGCCCAACUUUCUGCAGCUGUCCGAAAGAGUAUGGCGUGUGAUGGGAUUAAAUCCAGGCAAAUUCACACUACAAGGUACGAAUACGUAUCUGGUGGGCACGGGAGCACGUAAAGUACUUAUUGAUUGCGGUGAUGGACAGCCUGACUAUAUCCCACUUUUGAUCCAAUCACUACACACGAUCCAUCCCGACGCUCAUAUCUCUGAUAUUCUGAUCAGCCAUUGUCACAAAGAUCACUGGGGCGGAUUAGACGAUAUCAUGUCAUCAACCCAGUUGAACCCUCCUCAUCAGACAAUUCGUGUCCAUAAGUUCCCUCUCCUUGCUGAGCCCACCAUAAUUAAAUUUCUUGAAUCUUUUCCUGAAAAGGUCCAAGUGCUCGAUUUGGAAGACAAUCAGACAUUUGAAGUGGAUGCUCAAACUCACUUACGUGUGGUGCAUACGCCUGGUCACGCCAAAGAUCACUGCGCUUUUUAUCUGGAGGAGGAAGGUGCGAUUUUCACUGCUGAUUGUAUCCUAGGUCAUGGUUCUGUUGCCUUUGAAGAUCUUACUGCUUAUAUGGAUAGCUUAUAUCGUAUUCAGACUUUGCAGCCAACCACUCUGUUUCCCGGUCAUGGGGAAGUAGUUCAUCAUGGACUGGAAAAGGUACAGGAAUAUAUUUCCAUUAGGCUAGCGAAGGAGGCUCAGAUACUCAGCAUUAUGGAUCGUGACUUGACACAGCCUUGGUCGGCCAUUGAUCUGGUGGAAGACAUGAACUCGGUUUCCAAAGGUUAUAAUGAAAUCUUGAUGGCUGUGGUGCUACGUACUGUCGGAUUACACUUGAUCAAACUCUAUUUUGAUGGUAAAGUC